CUUGCCGCUGCCCCCUGCCUCGGCCCCAGACGUCCCGGCCAUGGCCCGCCCGAUGCUCCUGCUCAGCCUCAGCCUGGGCCUCCUGGCCAGCCUGCUGCCUGCGCUGGCCGCCUGCCCCCAGAACUGCCACUGCCACAGCGACCUGCAGCACGUCAUCUGCGACAAGGUGGGGCUGCAGAAGAUCCCCAAGGUGUCAGAGAAGACCAAGCUGCUUAACCUCCAGCGCAACAACUUCCCUGUGCUGGCGGCCAACUCAUUUCGGGCCAUGCCCAACCUCGUGUCGCUGCACCUGCAGCACUGUCAGAUCCGUGAGGUGGCCGCUGGCGCCUUCCGAGGCCUCAAGCAGCUCAUCUACCUGUACCUGUCCCAUAACGACAUCCGCGUGCUGCGUGCUGGUGCCUUUGACGACCUGACCGAGCUCACCUACCUCUACCUGGACCACAAUAAGGUGACGGAGCUGCCCCGGGGGCUGCUCUCCCCUCUGGUCAACCUUUUCAUCCUGCAGCUCAACAACAACAAGAUCCGAGAGCUGCGCUCAGGUGCCUUCCAGGGCGCCAAGGACCUGCGCUGGCUCUACCUGUCGGAAAACUCACUCAGUUCCCUGCAGCCCGGUGCUCUGGACGACGUGGAAAACCUCGCCAAGUUCUACCUGGACAGGAACCAGCUGUCCAGCUACCCCUCAGCUGCUCUGAGCAAGCUGAGGGUGGUGGAGGAGCUGAAGUUGUCCCACAAUCCCCUGAAAAGCAUUCCCGACAACGCCUUCCAGUCCUUCGGCAGAUACCUGGAGACGCUCUGGCUGGACAACACCAACCUGGAGAAGUUUUCCGACGGUGCCUUCCUGGGUGUGACCACGCUGAAACAUGUCCAUCUGGAGAACAACCGCCUGAACCAGCUGCCCUCCAACUUCCCCUUUGACAGCCUGGAGACCCUCACCCUCACCAACAACCCCUGGAAGUGUACCUGCCAGCUCCGGGGCCUUCGGAGGUGGCUGGAAGCUAAGACCUCUCGCCCUGACGCCACUUGUGCAUCGCCCGCCAAGUUCAGGGGCCAGCACAUUCGUGACACGGAUGCCUUCCGCGGCUGCAAGUUCCCCACUAAGAGGUCCAAGAAAGCUGGCCGCCAUUAAACAGGUCCUGACCCAGCCAGUCCUGGUGACUGGCCUCUGCCUUCUGCCGGAGAAACUACUGAUCCUCUCACCUCUGACUCCCAUCUUCUCCCAACACCCUCUGCUGAUAUAGAUCUGUCCAUACCUAGACGUGUCCUGGCAGGGCACCCGGGCACUCCAGCACAAACCCAGCUCCACUUAAUGCUGAGAGCUCCAGCAAGCCUGGCCUCAUGGCCACAGCUCCUCUCAGAGAAGCUGUUGCUAAGACCCCCAAGUCCUUUAGGACCAGAACAGGGUGACCAUCAGGAUGGCCACCCUUCCAGAAUCCUCCUCUUGAUUUCCCUUUCCCUGUCAUUUGGAAACAAACAUCAGAUCCUUGCCCCACCCCUUGCUUCUAGGAAGGGUCUGAAGCCCCUACCCUCAACUCCGCCAGCCCCCGCCUGCCAGGACACUGGUGCUUUGCCACACAUUCUCCCAUGCUGCAUUUCUUCCCCAGAUAUCUAUAAAUAUAAAUUUAUGUAUGUAUAAUA